UGAGGCCGGCCCCGGCGCUGCGGGCCCAGAAGGCCGCUCCUCUUGGGGAAGCGGUUUGCCUCGCUUCCCGUCCGCUGCGUCGGCGGCUUGGCAACGUCCGCUGCUUGGCGCGCACGCGGGGGCGGGUCACGGCGGGCGGGGAGGCGGCGGGAACGGCAGCGGCGCUGGUUUUGUCCGGCGGGCCUUUGGGGAGAUGGGAGACCCAGGGUCGGAGAUAAUAGAAUCUGUCCCUCCAGCUGGGCCUGAGGCGUCCAAGUCCACCCCGGAGGAAAAUGAAGAUGACAUUCAGUUUGUCAGUGAGGGACCUUUACGACCUGUUCUGGAAUACAUUGAUCUGGUCAGCAGUGAUGAUGAAGAGCCUAGCACCUCUCAUCUUGAGGCUAAUGUGAAGCAUAAAGACCAUAUUGACCAUCAGAAGGAUAAAGUCGCCUUAACUUUGGCUCGUUUAGCCCGCCAUGUUGAAGUGGAGAAACAGCAGAAAGAAGAGAAGAAUAGAGCGUUCAGGGAAAAAAUCGAUUUUCAGCAUGCUCAUGGGUUACAAGAAUUGGAAUUUAUUCGAGGACAUUCUGAUACAGAAGCAGCAAGACUGUGUGUGGACCAGUGGUUAAAAAUGCCAGGACUCAAAACAGGCACGAUUAAUUCUGGAACAAAAAGUUCAUUCCGAAGAGGAGGCCACAUACGAGUGUCUGGAAAACCAAUUUCAUGUCCCAUAAUGCACUGUAACAAGGAGUUUGAUAACGGGCACCUUCUCUUAGGGCAUUUGAAAAGGUUUGAUCACUCUCCAUGUGAUCCAACAAUUACACUCCGUGGGCCUUCCGUCAGUUCCUUUGCUUGUGUAGUGUGUUAUAAACAUUUUGUUACUCAACAGCAAUAUAGGGAUCACCUUUUUGCUAAGGAAGCUGCAGAUGAUGGACAUAAAAACAACCUCCUUCCUCAGAUUAUUCAGUGUUUUGCGUGUCCAAAUUGCUUCCUUCUUUUUAGCAGCAAGGAUGAGUGUUUGAAGCAUAUGUCUGGAAAGAAUCAUUUCCAUCAGAAUUUUAAACUGGGUGAUGACAAGGGAAUUGCAUAUCCAAUAUCAUUUCCAUCUUUUGCAAAGAAACUUUUGAUCUCUCUGUGCAAAGAUGUUCCAUUUCAAGUUAAGUGUGUGGCCUGCCACCAGACACUGCGUUCCCACAUGGAGCUCACUGCCCAUUUCAGAGUUCGUUGUCGAAAUGCUGGUCCCGUAGCUGUUGCUGAGAAGAGCAUUGCUCAGGUGGCAGAGAAAUUCAAAUUAAGAGGGUAUUGUCCACUUUGUAGCCAUGUCUUUGUGGAUGAAGCCAGCACCCAGACUCAUAGGCAGACUUCAGGACACAAAGUUCGAGCCAUUAACUCAAUGGAAGAGUCAGUCUUACUUUACUGCCACAGCAGUGAAAGGAACAGACCUCCUUCUGACUUGCACCUUUUGCAAGAUCAGUCAGAGUUUUCAUCAUUGAAAAGAAAUCUGUCUGUUCGAGAAUCUGGCUCCCAAGAUUGCAGCACCAUUCCAAAAAAGAAGAUGAACUUAGGAGAUAAAAGCCAUGGAGCUGUGGUUGUUCAGAAGGAAAAAGCAGUUGUUAAAACCUGGUUUUGUGAAUGCCAUCAGCAGUUUGCUAGUGAAGAUGCAGUAGAAAAGCACGUGUUCGCUGCAAACACCAUGUGUUACAAGUGCGUGGUCUGUGGGAAGGUGUGCGAGGACUCGGGGGUCAUCCGUUUACAUAUGAGCCGAAUUCAUGGAGGGGCGCACUUAAAUAACUUUCUGUUCUGGUGUCGGAUGUGCAAAAAGGAGCUGAGCAGGAAGGAGACUAUAAUGGCCCACGUGACUGAGUUCCACAGGGGACACAGGUAUUUUUAUGAGACGGAUGAGCUGGAGGGUAAAGCCCGGCCGUCAUCUUCUGCAACCGUGGCGAGUGACGUGACUGCGGAGUGUCCUUCAGCUGUCAGUGUUAUUGAUCAUUCCCCGGCCAGCAGCCCUCCAAAGGGUAGGUGGCAGUGCCGAAUUUGUGAAGAUAUGUUCGACUCCCAGGAAUGUGUCCAACAGCACUGCACGUCUCUGGCGAGUCACCAGUUUCACAGAUACAGCUGUGCCCACUGCAGGAAGACGUUUCACAAGGUGGAGACGCUAUCCCGACAUUGCCAAGAUGAGCAUGAUGGCGAGAUGAAGCUUAAGUACUUCUGUGGGCUUUGCGACCUGACCUUCAAUGUGGAGGAAGCGUUUUUGAGUCACUAUAAGGAGCACCACAGCCUAGAUUAUGUGUUUGUGUCAGAGAAAAAGGAAAAUUCCAUUAAAACUGAGAGUGACUUUCCAGUAACAGAGACCAGCCCCCUGCUAACGUGCGGCUGCCGUGAGAGCUACGUCUGCAGAGUCAACCGCAGGGAGGAUCACGGCAGGUGCCUCCAGGCCCUGCUGGCCACAGGCAGACUCUGGUUCCGAUGCAGCUCCUGCUCGGCCACCGCGCAGAGUGCCGCCGACUUGCUUGCGCACGUGGGUCUGGCGCACGGAGAGUGUAGGUCUGCCGAGGGGGCGACGCCUUUCACAGUCAAGUGCGGCAGCUGCACCAAAACCUUCCAGGACCCGGACAGAGCCCAGCAGCACUUCCACUGGAAACACUGCUUCCUGCAGCAGCCCAGGGCCGCCCGAGCGGGCCUGCCCUCCACAGCUACCAGCUCCUCCCGAGCUGAGGGGAAGCCUAGACAGGCAGCGAGCUGUCCCACAACCCCAGACCCGGAGAAGAGGGUGGAGAAGGACCUCAGCUGCCAGAGCGUGGGUGAAGAAGAUGUUGAGCUUCCAGAUUUGGAUUACCUGCGAACCAUGACUCACAUCGUCUUUGUAGACUUUGAUAACUGGUCCAACUUUUUUGGUCAUCUACCAGGGCAUCUUAACCAAGGAACCUUUAUUUGGGGCUUUCAAGGAGGAAACACCAACUGGAAGCCUCCCAUCAACUGCAAGAUCUAUAAUUAUCUGAACAGAAUUGGAUGCUUCUUCCUUCAUCCUCGCUGUAGUAAAAGAAAAGAUGCUGCUGAUUUUGCCAUUUGUAUGCAUGCUGGCCGUCUCGACGAACAACUGCCCAAGCAAAUUCCUUUCACCAUUCUCUCUGGAGAUCAAGGUUUUCUGGAGCUAGAGAAUCAAUUUAAGAAGACUCAGAGGCCAGCACAUAUACUGAACCCUCACCACUUAGAGGGAGACAUGAUGUGUGCCUUGUUAAAUAGCAUAUCUGAUACCACCAAAGAAUGUGACAGUGAUGAUAACCUGGGUAUCAAAAGUACUUCAAUGGGAGAAGAAUUCAGAUCCACAGAAGAUGUGGAAUUAGAAGAAGCAAUUAGAAGAAGUCUUGAGGAGAUGUAAUUAAAGAUAUUACCACACAACAUCAAGUGGCCUUGAAGAGACUCAGGAUAAUGAAUUUUUGAGUUUUCUAAAGGAGACUAGAAAUCUACUAGUGCAGAUGUAUUUGAAAACACGCUUUUUUUGCUUUCAUAUGUUCAAAAUAUAUUACUUUGUAUUUUUGUGCUACUUUGCAAAAAUGUAUAGAGGAAUAGAAUACAUGUUCAUGCAAAUACAAAUCAUGUGUUCUAAAACAGGUGUCACUGUUUCCCAGUUAAUGUUGAAGUCAUAUAUUUAGGUUAAAGGAAUUAAAAAAAAGAAAAGCUCUUGACUAUUGUUUACAUGUUUCCCAAAUAGAGUUUGUUUUUUAAUUUUAUUUGUACUGUACAGAUGAUUCUAGCUUAUUUUUUUAGGAGUGAAAAUGAAUAUAAAUAAAGCUGCCAUAGCUCACUUGUUCCAUAAAGCCUGCAUCUGAUGUGGCACUAAUACCUAAUGCCUUUGAGAUCUUCGAUUAUGAUUAUUGGAAGAGAGUGAUGGAAGUGACCGUGGAAACAUGAAGUUCUCCCAGCAGUGUUCUCUGUGGGUAUCAGAUGGGCAGUCCUGCUUUAAUUAGAGCAGCACAUCGCUGGGAUGUAGAAAAGGAACACCUCAUUUCUUAGAAAGUAUUAAAAAGAAGCUUCUCCAUUCCCUUUACCUGCUUAGACUUUUAUGUGACUUGUCUUAUCUCCUAUUUAAAGGGAACGAUGUAAAAAUAUUUGCAUAGAAUUACUUAUUUUUAAUAAUAUUGGUCCUUUUAUAUGUAUAUUUGUGUAAUCAUAGUAUUCCUCAGAUAAUAAUGUUGAAGGUCUGCUCAGGAGUAAUCUUCCUUUACCCUUUAAAAUUUCUGUUUCAUAUGCAAGUAUCUUCAUUUUAGUUAUUCAUUAAAUUGUAAGUUUCCUACAGCUGGUAUCACAUACUUAAUUUGCAAGUGUUGAGGCCCCACUGUGCUAAUAACAAUAUUCCAUAAUUAGAUGACUCAGAAGGGGCUUGUCAUACUAUCUUGUGCAUAUGCUUCAUGUUACUUGAACAGAAAUGUCAUCUCUAAAGAUUUCGAGUUAGUAAUUACUUACCAAAUGUAAAAUUUUCUCUAAGUAUAAAUUUUUCUUUAAGAAAAAAAAAUCAGGGCUAGAACUUUGUUUUUUCUCUACAACUAGAUAAUUUAGUGUGAAAUACUGUUACUGUUUUUUCGGCUCACAUUGGAAACCAAUUUGUUUGUAUUUCUUAAGAUGUCAGUUCUAGUUCCCUGGUGGCUCAGUAGGUUAAGGAUCUGGUGUUGUCACUGCUGUGGCUCGGGUUCAAUCCCUGGCCCCAGAAUUCCACCCCACCCUGCCCCGAUGUCUGUCCUACCUCCUUGAAGUUUUUUUUAAAGUAGACAUCAUAGCUUGAGAAUGUACCAGUCAUUCCUCCAGAGCGACCACAUUAUGGUUUUGUUUGUUAAAGGACUUAAGCAAGGCUUUGGGAGGGAAUCGCUGGGCCAUACCUUGAGGACAUCUGCAGGAGCGCACUCAGUAGUGAGCCUCAGAAAGGAUGUCUAGCAAGAAGAUGCUCCGGCAGAUGCCGCAGAGCGGUGUCACAGCAGGCGGGAUGCAGCCCGUGUUCUGGUAGGAGGCUUCUGAGGUGUGAAUGGUUGAGAGGAACUGAGGCUUUUUCUAUGACAGGAGUGGACUGUUUCACCAUGACCCUUAAAAUACGGUAAUUGGGUUGUUUAACGUUUUAAUUAAGAAUAGUCACUGACUGUAUAAUCUACUUACUAAGCAAUUAAAAAUCAUUUUAAGAUUA